GCGUCGAUGAAACCGCACGUGGACAACGAGUUCCUCCGUCGGCGAAAGGGGUUAGACUUCGCCGGGAGCUUUCGCGCCAUGACCCUCUGGGAGAUCGACUCCAAUGUGGUGGUUCCCAUGUGGGGCUACACGGAUGCAGCGCACUACCACGGGGACGGCUCGAGCAGCCGUUACCUGGCGGACGUCCGGUGCCCUCUCCUGUGCAUCAACGCGGAGGAUGACCCCAUGUGCCAGACCGCCUUGUUCCCUUUGGAAGAGGCAAGUCGGAACCCUUGGGUGAUCUUCGUCAUCACCAAGGCCGGCGGGCACAUCGGCUUCGGAGAGGGUUUCAACCCCUGGGGAAGGCGAGCAAAGCUGGGCGGACAGGUUAGUCACUCGGUAUUUCGACGCGCUGACGGCGGAGCGGGCGAGGUGCGACGAGGAGGCGACCGCCGCCGCGUUCACCACCAGCAGCACGGUUCCGGUUCCAGCCGGCAGCGAUCGGGCGGAGGGCACACGCGAAACCGCGAGAAGACCACUGCCCCGGCGGCGGUGGUGGCCUCGGCACGACUUUAAGGCCUUGCUGCCAGGGGUCGGCGUGCGUACGACACUCUCACGGUGGUGGGAAGUCGGCGGCUCAAACGGAGACCUUUGGUACUUCCCCCUGCUAUCACACCCGCUGACGGAAUCGGGCGUUUAGAUGCGUCGUAUUUUGUGCUUGGUUUAGUCCAACGGUUGAAGGCACGUAGCAUGAAAAUUUGGCUCAAGAGACGACUCGGAGGGCGGUAGCACCCUCCGGGAGAAGCGCUCCAAGUUGAUGACUCGCCGUUGUCUGGCUGUUUUCUUCUGUGCGUGUGAAAAUGUUUCGCUGUCAACGAUACCGGAUGCUUGCUGUCGGUACGGCGUCUCAAGCGCAAGCAGUCCCGUGGGUGUUGCAAGUUGAACGAAGCGUGCGUCGGCUCUGUUGCUGCGUGUCCACGACGCUGAAGGAGCGAUUGAUUGGUUGCGCUUGUGUUGAGGAAUGAACGCAGUGGAGAAACGUUUCCCCAAAGCCUGAUGGAUAAGCCGGCGUCUUCGUUGUUGCCGUCAUGAUCA